CGAUAAUCGUCGUGCACGGCCGCAGACAGGAUUCAUCCUACCGAUAUAGAUGCCAACGCCACUCCACUACGCAAAUCGAGACAUUGGGGUAUUAACCGAUACAAUUAAGAAACAUACACGAGAUAUACGCUUUGCUCUCGUAUAAAACCAACUGGGCAUUGGCUAGCUGUGUAGGCUUCCGCGCUGACAACAUGAUGUAGCAUAAGCCUUUCCAUAGCUGGAAUGGCCUCGCCGGUUACAACCGGUCUCGCUGGACCUGCGGCGGAGUCGUCCACAGCGAAGAAGGAUGUCGCCCAGGUCAACGCCGAUUUGUAUACUUCCACGUCAUUUUGGCUUAAGAAGCAUGGCAAGGGCGUCAAGCCGAAGCUUACGGAUGACCAAAAGGAGCAAUUGAAGGAAUGCUUCGAGCUCAUGGAUCAGGAUGGCUCUGGCGCCAUCGAUGCCGAGGAACUCGGAGCUGCCUUCAGACUUUUAGGCAUCCGCAUGAAGCGCGCGGAGCUCGCGGCUCUGCUGGCGGAGGUGGAUCACGACGGCAGCGGGGAGGUGGAGUACCCUGAAUUCCUGGAGAUUAUGACAGUGACGUUGCAGCGGCUGGCGGAGGAGGAGGACAGCGAGAAGAAUGAGGGCCAGGUCCCCUUUGCGCUCAUGGCCACCGCCUACCGCCGCAAGCGCCUGAUGGAGGGCAUCAUCAACGGCGAUAAGGAGGUCCAGGCGCAGAUCCAACAGAUCUCGGAUAAGGCCAAUCUGGAGGCCCUGCAGGCCACCAAGGCAGCGGAGGUGGAGUCCCAGCGAGCCAAGGCAGCCGGCGAGUACUCCGGCGCUACUGCUGCGCAUGGCAGCGGCACGGGUACCAACAACGGCGGGGUGCAGCAAGCGAGGCCGCGCUCCUCUAGCGCUCGGCCGAUUCGUCGGCCGGCCCAAUCGGAGAUGAGUAAGGCCCUUUUGGAAGCCCUAGGUCCGGAGGAGCGACGGUUGGUCAACUCCCUCGCAGCCAAAGCCAUCCCAAUCGCUUCCAGGGCGUCUCCGCCGCCCCUGCCCGUAGCCAACUCCCGGGCGUACGGCCACUUCUCCAACUCGCCCUCACACCGGCAGCUCAUCGACACGCCACAGCUGCUGGACCUGCGCUUCAUGCACCAGUCCACAAUUCGCCUGCCCCCCGGCGCGGGCCCGCCGACACGCACCAUGUCUGGGGGCGUUGCAGGGUUGGGACCCGGACCAGGACCGGGACUAGGGCACGGCGGUGGUGGUGGUGGUGGCGGCGGUGGUGCCUCUGGUAGCGGCUACGGAGGCCAUCGGGAG